UGAUUCCAAAAUCCAUCGGAAUGAGAGAAUAGAAUUCUCCACCAAACUUUGUUUUUGCUGCUGUCUUCACUCUCUCGACGGAACUUCCUAAGCUCCUCUCUGUUACUGUCAAAUAACACAACAAUCUUAUUUCUGUUUCUUUCGAGUCAAAUCUUCUGAUUCCUCGCUCACUGUUGCUUUACUCGAACUUUCAAUCUGAAUCAGACACUAAACGGUGCCACGACAAUGCAAGCGUCCACAUACGCAGUCAAACCGAGUGUAGGUUUUCAGGCGCGGAGUCGGCGGGGAGUUUCGGCUUGUUUUGGUGACUUUAAGGGGUUAAACUUAGCUUUGAAUGGUAGUUUUGAUAAGAAUAAUAGUAUUUACAUUAGAAGUGGGACCUCUUGCUGUGGAUUGCGUCUCGACGCGGCUACUAUGGGAGCUGAGCUCACGCGUGCGAGAUUUGGAGUUGAAAGUCUGUUCAGGUCAACGGCUAAGCCACGAUCAGUUAGAGCUCAAGCCACUGAUGGAGACGUGGAAGAUGUUAUGCCUUACAAGCCUCAGGAGAAAUCUUCUGGAGUAGUCUUGCCUUUUGUUGGGGUUGCUUGCCUUGGAGCUAUUUUAUUUGGUUACCAUCUGGGGGUUGUAAAUGGUGCUCUUGAAUACCUUGCCAAGGAUCUUGGGAUUGCUGAGAACACUGUCUUACAAGGAUGGGUUGUCAGUACACUACUUGCUGGUGCCACUGUUGGUUCUUUCACUGGAGGAGCAUUGGCAGACAAGUUUGGCAGAACAAAAACUUUUCAAUUAGAUGCAAUCCCUCUUGCAAUUGGAGCAUUUUUAUGUGCUACGGCCCAGAGCGUGCAAACGAUGAUAAUUGGUCGCAUACUUGCUGGCAUUGGAAUUGGCAUCUCAUCUGCCAUUGUACCACUUUACAUAUCUGAGAUCUCACCAACUGAAAUUCGUGGUGCCCUUGGCUCUGUAAACCAACUUUUUAUCUGUAUUGGGAUUCUUGCAGCAUUGGUGGCUGGAUUACCUUUAGCUGGAAACCCUAUAUGGUGGAGGACAAUGUUUGGUAUUGCAGCUGUACCCUCUAUUUUAUUGGCACUUGGAAUGGGAUUUUCUCCAGAAAGCCCCCGGUGGCUUUUUCAGCAAGGAAAGAUUUCUGAAGCUGAAAAAGCUAUAAAGACACUAUAUGGGAAAGAAAGAGUUGGUGAAGUUAUGCAUGAUCUAAGAACAGCAAGUCAAGGAUCUGCCGAGCCAGAGGCAGGAUGGUUUGAUUUAUUUAGCUCUCGCUAUUGGAAAGUUGUGAGUGUUGGUGCAUCACUUUUCUUGUUCCAACAAUUGGCUGGGAUAAAUGCCGUGGUAUAUUAUUCUACUUCUGUGUUCCGUAGUGCUGGAAUUGCAUCUGAUGUUGCAGCGAGUGCUCUUGUUGGGGCAGCAAAUGUCUUUGGAACUGCUAUUGCAUCCUCUUUGAUGGACAGACAGGGAAGGAAAAGUCUUCUGUUGACCAGCUUUGGAGGAAUGGCUGCUUCAAUGUUGCUGCUUUCCUUGUCCUUCACAUGGAAAGUCCUGGCACCAUAUUCUGGCACUCUUGCCGUUGUUGGGACUGUCCUCUAUGUCUUGUCCUUUUCACUUGGUGCCGGUCCUGUGCCUGCUCUUCUCCUGCCAGAGAUCUUUGCUUCAAGAAUCAGGGCAAAAGCAGUUGCAUUGUCAUUAGGCAUGCAUUGGAUAUCCAACUUCGUCAUUGGCCUGUAUUUCUUAAGCGUUGUGAACAAAUUUGGUAUCAGCUCCGUCUAUUUGGGAUUUUCAACCGUUUGUCUUCUUGCUGUCGUGUACAUAGCUGGUAAAGUCGUAGAAACAAAGGGGCGAUCUUUGGAGGAGAUAGAGCUAGCUCUUAAUCCAGCAAUUUAAGUCUGGAAAUCUAAGAAGUUGCAUACGGUAAUAGUCUCACUUUGGCUUCCGGACACAGACCUUAAAAUCAGUGGUGUUUUUCUCCUGUAGAGAGCUUCCCCUUGUUCUACCCAGACUUCGGUAUAAGACCGACUUGUUUGUUCAGCGUCAUUUUGCUCUUUUCUGAAUAAAUGUUUUAAGAUCAAAUGUAACCGGAUUAAAUAUUUUUUUUUAUGUUUCUGUAUAAAAUCCCAGACAUGAAGCACAACUGAAGAGUCAUUGGAGCUGAGUGACAUAAACAGGUGAGAUUUUUGUUCUUUGGUGGUUUUACAAUUAUAAAAUAAUCCAGUUACAUGUUGAAAUA